UAUUGAUGGCCUGGCUACACCUCCUUAUAGAGCAGCAUAAUUCAACUGAAGCUAUUGGAUUUUCAACAACAUUUUCUGUCUCAGUUAAAGCUUGCAACUGCAAUGGAGGGAGGAGAAAAGAGUGAUAACUUGGAAAUGGUGGUGAUUCAUAAAAUUAAUGUUCCUCCUCCUCAGAACACAAGCUUUGUUAGUGAAGUAGGCAAAGCAGUCAAAGAAACUUUGUUUCCUGAUGAUCCAUUCAAGCAGUUCAACAAUCAGCCAAGGGGACGUAAGUGCAUUCUUGGCCUGCAAUUUGUGUUUCCAAUCUUAGAGUGGGCACCCAAAUAUUCAUUUGAGUUGUUCAAGUCAGAUCUUAUAUCAGGAAUCACCAUUGCCAGCCUUGCCAUCCCACAGGGAAUAAGCUAUGCAAAGCUUGCCAACUUGCCUCCGUUGAUGGGACUAUUUAUGAAUAAAAAAUUGAAGUAUCUAUGGAUUGGAAUGCCAUUAAAGAAACAUAGGAGCUGGAUACUUUCACAAUAUUCUAGUUUUGUUCCUCCUCUGAUAUAUGCAAUGCUUGGGAGUUCUAAGGAUAUGGCUGUGGGUCCAGUAGCCGUGGCAUCCAUUCUUCUUGCCUCCAUGCUAACUGAUGAGAUCUCCCCUACACAGGACCCUGUGCUGUAUGUACAAGUAGCUUUGACUGCCACUCUUUUUGCUGGCAUUUUCCAAGCCUGCUUGGGUAUUUUCAGGUUGGGAUUCAUCAUAGAAUUUCUUUCACAUGCAACAAUAAUUGGAUUCAUGGCCGGGGCAGCCACGAUUGUGUUCCUUCAACAGAUGAAAGGUAUCCUGGGUCUGGAACAUUUUACCACCAAAACAGAUAUGAUUUCUGUCCUUCGCUCAGCACUCCAACAAGUUCACAAGUGGAGAUGGGAAAGCAUCGUACUGGGAGCAUUCUUUCUAAUAUUCCUAUUAACAACCCGUUACAUUAGCAAGAGAAGGCCACGGCUAUUCUGGUUAUCAGCUGUUGCUCCUCUCACAUCCAUUGUCGUAGGAAGCCUUCUGGUUUUUAGUUCUCAUGCAGAAAAGCAUGGAGUUAAUAUUGUGGGUCACUUGAAGAAAGGUCUGAAUCCGGUUUCCAGUAGCCAGUUAGCCUUUCAUGGAAGCUACAUGAAAAUCACUUUGAAAACGGGAGCCAUAGUCGGCAUCAUUGCAUUAACAGAAGGAAUUGCAGUUGGGAGAACAUUCUCUUUGCUAAAGAACUAUCGUAUUGAUGGAAAUAAAGAGAUGAUUGCUAUUGGUAUGAUGAACAUAGCCGGUUCCUGCACCUCCUGUUAUAUUUCAUCAGGUUCAUUAUCCAGAUCAGCUGUGAACUCUAAUGCAGGAUGCAAAACAAUAAUCUCUAAUAUAGUAAUGGCUGCUGCUGUGAUGCUAACACUUCUGUUUCUAACUCCUUUGUUCUACUAUACUCCAAUUGCGGUAUUGUCGUCCAUAAUAAUCUCCGCCAUGCUUGGCCUGAUAGACCUGCAAAGUGCACUUCAUCUGUGGAAGGUGGACAAAUUAGAUUUCCUCGUCUGCCUGGGAGGCUAUUUGGGUGUUGUGUUUGCAAAUAUUGAAGUUGGCUUGACCAUAGCGGUAUCUCUCUCAAUGUUAAGACUAUUGAUGCACAUAAUGAGGCCUGAUACUACAGUUUUAGGAAAUAUUCCUGGAACUUGUGUGUAUAGAAGCAUACAACAGUAUCCUCAAGCUAAUAGGAUCCCAGGCAUUCUUGUUCUGCGUAUUGAUUCUCCAAUCUAUUUCGCUAAUGCCAACUACAUAAAAGACAGAUUACUAAGAUGGAUAGAAGAAGAGGAAAGAAAGCUGGUCAAGCUUGAUCAAAUGAUGCUGCGUUUCAUCGUGCUGGAAUUAAGCUCUGUGACAACCAUGGACACAAGCGGACUAAACAUUCUUGAGGAGCUUAAGAAGACAUUAAACCGCCAAAAUAUGCAGCUAGUACUGGCAAAUCCCACAAGUCAGCUGUUGGAGAAACUUCACAAGUCCAACUUUAUGGAGGUUCUGGAACAAAAGUCUGUGUUUGUUACAGUGGAUGAGGCAGUGAUUGUUUGCAGCUCUGUUAUGCAGUCCUGAAAUAUCAUCAUCACCAAAAGGAUAUUUUCUAUAGCAUUAUCUAUGAAAUAGUAUAUGUUGGUCAAAGGGUUUAAUUCAAUUGGUUGGGCAUGAUUGUUUGAGGAUAAUGGUAUGUGAUAUAGAAGCCGUCUAUCAAGGUUCAUAUUUCAGGAAGCAAUCUCUGGAUGAAUUUGACGGACUGGAUCCCCUUGCAUGUGGCUGCUUAGCUCAAGAGGCUUGUAGUUUAGCUUGCUCAAAUUAUUGUAAUCUGUUAUAUUAAUGUAGAAAUGCCAACAUCUAUGUAUGCUGACUUAUUUCCAUAAAAAAUAUAUUAUACGU